AUAGAGUCAGAGCGGGGUGGAGGCUCCCAUCAGAGGCUCUUAUCGAUAUACUGUGUUGUUUGUGCCGUGUUUGUUGCGUCUAUUGGACGUUACCUUGGCGAGGACCAAGAACCUUUUUCGCUCCUCACUCACGUCCUUGGAGUGAAUAGACCCCGGGACUUUUUCUCCUUCACGUUCUUCUGCCGUGUUGCGGCGAAAGAUCAAGUGUUUUCCUUCCUCUUGUGUUGUCUUGUGGCUGAACAAGACUAGAGGUGUAUCCCAGGCGGCCCUGAGCAUCCGGCCACUCCCCCGCGCCCUUGAGAACCACCGCUACACCACCACAACCCCACGCCGCAGCUACACCGCUACGCCGCCACCCUGCCGCACCGCCGCACCCCGGGACACCUUCAUCUCCAUUCCACCACGCAGCGCCACACACGGGCCAGGAUUUAACCUGUUGCAUAAGACGAUCUUGGUGCUUUUUGGCCGAGGCUUUGUCGCAGCAGCAGCGCCGCCAUGCCCCUGAAGCGCAGCAGCAGCAUGGCGAUGCCCUAUGCCGGAGGCGGGAAGAGCGAGAGCAGCAGGAAGGGCUUCUGCAUCACCGCCUGCUCGGCUGAGGAGUGGGCGGCGACCUUGGCCAUGCUCUCCAACAUGCCCCGGGCUCAAUACACGCGCCGCCCGCACCGGAACAGCGACAGCGAAAGCAGCAGCAACAGCAGGAGUAAAAGCAGGGACCACAGCAGACACAGGAGCGCCAGUGACGGCAAGGAGCGUAGCGGCAGUAGCAGCGGCAGCGACUCUUUUAGCAGUCACUCCAAGAGAAGCACGUCCUCCGGCAGACACAAGGACCACCGCCACCACCAGAGACAGAGUGCCGCAUCAGCCGCCGCCGCCGCCGCCGCCGCCGCCCCCGCCGCCGCCACUCCCUCCCGCAACCCGUCGUCCUCCAAAUCGAGUUCCCGCGAGGUGCACGUCAAGGCUCUGGGGGAAUUACAGACAGCCACUGCCCGCCUGCCUCACCCAGAGGUGGUGUACGGUGCCAUGAUCCCCGAACCAGACUACAGUGACGACGAGAGGGAGGCAACAGUCACCAAGCAGGCCGCCCUUAUCUCCCGCAACAACCAAGUGAAUGCGUCAAGCCCUGCGAAAAAAGAGAAGGACGUCGGCGAGGGCAACAAAGGACGCAUGGACGAGAACGGCCUCAUCAUGCCCAAGAAGCUGGUCAACCCCUGCCUCGAGUCCACCGAGAAGAAGAGCCUACACAGAGAGCUGCUCUACAAUCAAAAGAGAGGAGUGAGUGUACUCAACCAGAAGACAGAGCUGCAGAAGGCAAUGGAGAAACACAAUGACAAGAAGGUCCUAAAGGAGAUCCAGAAGGAGAAAGAGGCGGCCCUCACUCCAUUCCAGAAAGCCCUGGAUGAGCGAGCACAGAGAAUCGAACAACUGGAGAAGGCUGAGACCAAGGAUGUUGAGAACGAAAAGGACAAGUGUGAAUUCCAAAAGAUUCAUGCUAAAGUUCGUGCCAAAAUGGAAGUGCAGUGAAGUCGUUUGUCUUAAUCUGUUAUACAGGUAACAUGUUACUGAUGGUAUUGUAAAACUUUACAAAAUGACAAUAUUUAGGUUAAAGGACUUCUUUAUAUCAGUGAAAAGUUUGAUGCUUGACCAAAUGUUGGAUGAAUCUCCUGCAGAUUCCUCAACAUUUUCAAAUUUAUUCUCAUAUUUUCAUCAGACUGCCUGAAGAGCUUUCAAACUAGCAAAAUAUUUUUUUAUAUACAUUAUAAAUAUAAAUAUAUAUAUAUGUAUGAAUAUGAUAGUGUACACAUACUCACCCAUGUACAGAUCUCACUGAAUCAUCCCUUUUCCAUAGCAGUUUUUUUUAAGUGUACAUGAUUUUAAUAUUUUACCAGGAAUGUAUAGUUGUGACGAAGUUUUAGCAUGUCUACAGUCAGGCAUAAUUUUAUUUUGAAUUGUUACACAGUUCAGAACUACAUCUACAUACAGAGGUAGUUUGUGUGGACAUUAGGAGGACACAGUACUUGCACAGUUCACAGUAUGUAAGCAGAUGUCAACAAGCCAUGAGCACUGUGCUUCUUGUAAUUCCAAUACUUGCUAAGCUAAUUUAAGCUUGCCGACAGUAGAGGACAAAUGUUUCGCACACCUUUCCUGGAGCUGCAGGAAUGAAUGGUAAAAAAAACAUUGUAUCAAUAGAACAUUCACGCUAAUACUGCCAUCAGCCACAGAGCUCUCAGAGAGUUGAACAUGAGUGAUCUGCUUGGCAUUGAUGGCACUCUUUGUCAAAUUAGCCUCUGGACUUGGUGCCUGUGCUGUCUGGAAGGAUUUGUAAUAGUCAUGUUUUACAGAGACACUGCUCAGUCAUGCUAGAUUCAUGUUUGUUGUGGAUUGAGUCAUGCCAGCUCACUGCUGACUCUUGCAUUACUUUUCUGUGUUAAUGUUAAGGUAAGGAAAUGUACAAGUAUAGUUAUAAAUGCUGAAACUCC